AUGCUUCGAAUUCUCUCAAUCUGCCUAGUCUUCCCAGCCUUAUCUUCUGCCCUUUUCGAUGUUAUUGGUUCGGAUCAAUCAGUUACCGUAACUGGAAAAUUGAUCUGCAAUGGUCAACCGGCAAAUAAUGUAUUAGUGAAGUUAUAUGAAGAUGGAACCAUCGAAGAUUCAAAACUUGAUUCAACUCGAACUUCUACCGAUGGAACAUUUAAAGUAUCCGGAACUUAUACGAAUAUUUUAACAAUCGAUCCGAAAAUCAAUAUUUAUCACACUUGCAAUUAUAAUGGACUUUGCACCAAGAAAUUUACAAUCAAUGUUCCAAGUUAUGCAGUUGCUCAGGGUAGCUCAGCCACUCAAAAUUAUGAUAUCGGAACUUUAAAUUUGGCAAAUCAAUAUAGCGGUGAAACUACUGAUUGUAUUCAUUGA